GUCUUGCUGGUCCACAGUACGCCAAAAGAAAGCGGAACUUUUGGAUUGCGGUGACAUUUCUCUUUAUUUUAAGCCAGCGUUACUAUUGUGUGUAACCUUCUUCGCCAUACAGACUUUUAUUCAGCGAAUUAUGAACUAUAUAUAAAAAAACAACAAUUAGCACGUGCUUGUGUCACACGUUUCGUAGAGGUUUAUCAGCGAACAGCUAGUUUUGCGACGCUGGGGAUUGCAGGAGCCAGCUGCACCUUUUUUAUCCAGGAACUUCAUCUGGCUAAAUGUGCUGAACCGUCUCAAACUGUUCUGAACAGUAGGCGGGUUUGUAAGUUUUUUCCCACACGUAACGUUUUGUGAUGAAAAGGACACACGUUUAACGCUGACACGCUGGUGUUAUUGCUUAACACUUGCAACAUGGCUGCUGCGGGAACAGCAGGGAGAAAAGUUUAACACUGACGUGGGAGAAGUUUGGUGCAUUCAUGAACAGCUCUCCGCUCCGUAGCCGCCUCUAGUGGCACCAUCAUCUUCCAGACUCCCAGAGCAGAGGAGGAACCGUGUCAGAGAGCCUCCUCCUCCUCCUCCGCAGGCACCGCGGGGUCGUCACCGCAGUGGACUUUUUUCACGGUGGUGCCUCUCUCGCUCCCCAUCGCAGCCAGGGGCUCUGGAGGCGUUCAAGGACCGUAUCGACUGACUGGAGGCUGCGCUUCGAGCUAAAAUGCAUUUCUCCAUACCCGAAACGGAAGUGUGUUCGGAGGAAAACGGCUCAACCUAUGUGGCCUACAACAUCCACGUCAACGGUGUGCUGCACUGUCGGGUACGCUACAGACAGCUCCUUGGCCUCCAUGAACAGAUAAAGAAAGAAUAUGGCAGCAAUGUGGUGCCCUCCUUCCCCCCAAAGAAGAUCUUCACCCUGACGCCUGCCGAGGUCGAACAGAGACGAGAACAGCUUGAGAAAUACAUGCAGGCCGUCCGUCAGCAUCCUUUGCUUGGAAGCAGUGAGAUGUUCAACAGCUUCUUAAGAAAAGCACAGCAGGAGACCCAGCAGAUUCCCACAGAAGAGGUCACUUUAGACGUCUGGCUGUCCAGCGGUCAGAAGGUUACCGUCAACAUUCUGACCUCGGAUCAAACCGAGGAUGUUCUUGAUGCUGUUGCGACAAAACUUGACCUCCCAGAUGACCUCGUGGGUUAUUUCAGUCUCUUCUUGGUGCGUGAAGGUGUGGAUGGAAGUUUAACAUUUGUCCGGAAGCUGCAGGAGUUUGAGUUGCCUUACGUGUCCAUAAGCAGCCUGCAGAGCUCGGACUUUCACAUAGUCUUACGAAAAAGCUACUGGGACAUGGCGUACGACAGUGAUGUAAUGGAGAACAGAGUUGGCUUGAAUUUACUGUACGGACAGACGGUGUCAGACAUUGAGCGAGGCUGGAUACUCGUCAACAAAGAGCAGCACAGGCAGCUUAAAUCUCUGCAGGAGAAAGGCUCCAAGAAGGAAUUUAUCCACCUGUGUCAGACUCUGAAGUAUUACGGUUAUAUAAAGUUUGAUCCGUGCAUCACCGACUUCCCUGAGAAGGACUGCCAAGUCAUUGUCAGCGCUGGAAACAAUGAGCUCAAUUUCCACGUCAAGCUGCCCAAUGAGCAGAUGAAGGAGGGAAGCUUCAAGGUCACACGCAUGAGAUGCUGGCGAGUCACGUCUUCUCAAGUCCCCAUAUCCAACGGUACAAACACCCCCUGCAGUUCAGCCAAGUGUGAGGUGAAGCUGGAGCUCGCCUUCGAGUAUCUUAUGAGCAAAGACCGUCUGCAGUGGGUCACCAUCACCAGUCAGCAGGCCAUCAUGAUGAGUAUCUGCCUUCAGUCUAUGGUGGAUGAAUUAAUGGUAAAGAAGUCAGGAGGCAGCAUAAAGAAGAUGCUGCGAAAGCGACACAAUGGCUCCAUUCACCGUUCUGACAGUCAGCAAGCUGUGAAAUCUCCCCCUCUACUGGACUCUCCUGAUCCAAACCGGGAACAAGUUGUCAAACUUUCAACCAAGCUCAACUCGGUGUCUCUCAGAGGGAUCAGCGCCUCCAACUCAGCAAAUGACAUCAGCAGUGACGACUUUCACGGCAACUACGCUUUCGAGGGAAUCGGGGACGACGACUUGUAAACGGGCGGUCCACCUCCUGUCAACGACGACAAAGAUUACGAGCUGAUUGGUCCCCGCGUGUCCAUUCCUGCAAGACUGUAGCUUCUUCCUGGAUGAAUCGCUGCCUUAAACUCUCAUUUUACUCUUUUUGUUUUAAGACUGAAAACUCAUUUAGACGUUUUUUCUCUUCGUUACAAUCACCACUUUGCAACUAAAAUAGCGACAUAUGAAGAAACCCUGGAUUCUCCUCUGAGUGGCUGAGUGUUCAUCUUUAACCUGGAUGCCAAAUGUUGAGGUAGACCUGCCACUAGUGAUGAUUAUUUCAGCCAUCCCCGUAAAAUCUUUAAAAUUUAUCCCACAGCUGUUAAAUGGCUUAGAGUAACUCUACAGAUGAUGCUGUUCGGCUUGACUGAAUGUGGGGGAAAAAGAGCUGUUUUUUUUUUAUAAUGUUUGAAACUUGUGCCAAAUUAACAAAUAUUUUUGAUGGAAGUGUCACUCAUCCUGCUCUCAGAAGUAGUUUGAUGCCUUAAUUUUAGCCUCAUUGACAGGAGGAGGAGGGGUGGUGGUGGUGGGGGCAGUAGGAGUCUCUUGCCAUUCAGCUUAGCUUGACAGAAAACAUUUAAAGCAGCCUUGCAGAACUUGAUGGAAGGUUGAUCUGGUCGAGCUGCUUGCACUUGCUGAACCCGUCAUUUUGCACAGUAUUACAAGUCGAGAUGAGAAGAAUGUUGGUGGGAAGCGUGAUUUUAAACAUUGUGAAGAUUUAUUUUCUCUCUUUCCUCGAGGUUCUGUAAAUCCAUUUAGGAUUUUUUUUUUAUCAAGUUUUUUUUAUUUUUAAAGGGUUCUCAUAAAUGCCAAAUUAUAGUUUACUAAAGCAUUUUGCACAAAAUACACAAAUUAUGACAUUGUUAGUUUUUUAUUCUGUACAUGAAUUUAAGCAUUUUGAACAUUUACUAAUGUUUUUUAUCAUCAUAGCUUCUUGUAAUCAAAUAGAUCAAAUGUAAUCUAAGCUGUAUGUAAAGUGUAAAUGGACCAACAUUUGUAAUGUUUAGGGGGACUUUUCUGUUUAGUUCAAAUGAAAAGUGUUUACAUAUUUAGCUUUUUUUCCUGUCGAGUAAGUGAUCAUAAUGUUCUUCGCUUUCAUUGUCAUUUCUUGAUCGUGCCAAUCAUCUCAGAGGUUUUUGAGAAACGGUGCUUUGAAGAGGCAAUGUGGUUGAAAUUGCUGGAUUGAACAAUAAUAAUGGAUUAAAAUGAACAUAUCUCACUUAUUUUAUUUUUGUUGAGAAAACCUGUCAUUCCAUGUUGCUGUUUAGCGUGAGUUACUCAGAGCUCAGUGGAAACCAGUGCCAUCCUCACCAGCUUUACCCUCACUGGUCAGUGUUCUCGAUGUAAACGUCUCGUUCUCAGUGCUGCAAUUCUUUCCUGUCGUUCGCUUCUGUACGGUCGAAAGGUUUACCCCGACGUCAUGUUUUAAACUCUCUUACAGCGCUGGAAGGUCCUGGAUGCUCGUAAAUGUGUAGGUGCCAGUUCACACUUUAAUAAAGUUUCCCAUCAGCAUCACUUUCAAACUAAAUAACCUUUUUUUUAUGAACGUUGUACUGACUUCAUUCAAAUCGUUGUUUCAUGGUUUUAUUGGUAAGGUACAUGUCUGCUCUGUUUGUCUGGAUGCUAAAAUAAACUAAAAUGCAGCAGCCAA